GCUGCAUAUUGCGCAUGCUCCAACCGCGGCGCCCCCGACACGGCGCUCGGCUCAGCUCGGGCAUUUCCGCCUCUUUGUUUUAAACUCCGGACGGCUUUUUUCUCCUCCUCUUGGGGGGGACCGGGAGGGAGCGGCGCCCCCUCCCCCUCCCGGCGAGCCCCCGUGUGCGCCCGCUCGCCCGCCGCCCGAGACGCAGGCUUCACCAUGUAGCAGGGACUCCAGCUCUCCCUUGCAGAAAAUGGAAAGAGAGCAAGGGCCAGAAGGAAGGUGCAGAAGUGAACCAGAGAGCAGCGUGAGGAGUAAUCAUCAUAUCUGCAUGGUGGCCUGAAGCCUCCAUGCCACGGCAGGAGGAGAAACACGCAGACAUCCAGAGGAGAAGCCAAAGAUGUUGACCAGAAAGAUAAAGCUCUGGGACAUAAACGCCCACAUCACCUGCCGCUUGUGCAGUGGGUACCUCAUUGACGCCACAACGGUGACCGAGUGCCUGCACACAUUUUGCAGGAGCUGCCUGGUGAAGUACCUAGAGGAGAACAACACCUGCCCCACCUGCAGGAUUGUGAUCCACCAGAGCCACCCGCUACAGUACAUUGGUCAUGACAGAACCAUGCAGGACAUUGUUUACAAGUUGGUGCCAGGCCUCCAGGAAGCGGAGAUGAGGAAACAGAGGGAGUUCUAUCACAAGUUGGGCAUGGAGGUGCCAGGCGACAUUAAGGGGGAGGCAUGCUCUGCAAAACAGCACCUGGAUCCCCGGAAUGGUGAAACCAAAGCAGAUGACAGUUCAAGCAAAGAGACAGCAGAAGAAAGACAGGAAGAAGACAAUGACUACCACAGGAGUGACGAGCAGGUGAGCAUCUGCCUGGAGUGCAACAGCAGCAAACUUCGGGGCCUGAAACGGAAGUGGAUUCGCUGCUCAGCCCAGGCCACUGUGUUGCACCUGAAGAAGUUCAUCGCCAAGAAGCUCAACCUUUCCUCUUUCAAUGAGCUGGACAUCUUAUGCAAUGAGGAAAUCCUGGGCAAGGACCACACCCUCAAGUUUGUGGUGGUCACACGGUGGAGAUUCAAGAAGGCCCCCCUCCUGCUGCACUACAGACCCAAGAUGGACUUGCUGUGAGCCUGCGUUGCAGACUCCGGCCUGCACCCUGCUGCACUUGGCUGUCCACAGUGACUGCACCGUAAAAAUGUUGCCUCUGGGUGCGUGCAGACCAGAUUUCUGAAUAGAGAAUAUUUAUAACUUUUGUAUAAAAGAAUCCACACCCAACAAGACACUACCAGCACGCGUUUACAGAGGAUGAAAACACUUCGCAGUUUUAUGGAGCCAAAUGUGCCCGUCUCUGGCUCCAGCCCACAGGUAGAGGAAUGAGCGCCUGCAGCAGGCGUCCACGCCACCUUCUGGCAUGGAUAGCCUUUGCUUGCUUUCCAGGUCUUGAGAAUCAAGAGUUCAUUUCAGUUUAGUUCCUGGAUUGGGUUUCAUGAUAAGCCUCAAAAAUACUACUUUUAUUGAGUCCUUCCUAAGUUAUUGAAACAUGUUUUCACAGUGAAUGAUAUUUAUGUUGCUAUUAGCUUCCUGAAGACUUAGAAGAUAUGUAAAAAUUUAAUUUAAAAGCGUACCCAAAGAGGCUUGCAUAGUACCAUGACCCAGCCACAGUGUUUGAGUUCCCACUUGCAUGGCACCACCCAGCCCCAGUCUGGCCUUUGUUGUCCCAGGGUUCCCAUCACAAUUCAGGCACACUCAGCAGGGUAGACCAGAAGUGUUUUUGCCAGGUAAGCACUGACCGGCAAGACAGUUCUUGUUUUUUAAAAUGCUUUUAUUAAAAUUGGCACAAAUUGUUUGGUGCCAUUAUUUAAUUUCCUACGUUUUCUUUCCCAUUUUUGUGGUGGUGAGAACGAUGGUGGUGUUUGUUUUGGUGCUUAUCAGAUGGAGGUGUAGCCUGUAGGGAGACCGCCUCCCGACUUGGGGGGACCAAAGUCUCUAGGUUCCUUCCCACGAGGAGAGAUGGCUUGUGCUUUGUGGCCCUGCUUCACAGAAGGCAGCUUUUGAGCUAGGCAGCUGGGACCAGUUCCACCCAGCCCAAGUUGCUUUUUUGGUUACAGGCAAGAUCUUCCCCUCCCAAAUGUGAGAUGUUUUUGUCAAAGGAGAAAAUAAGCUCCGCCAGCGCAGAGACAUUGUUCCCUCAAACCUGAGAGUGGGCCUGCAAGAGCUGGGGCUGCUUUUCACAGCAGCUGCCAUGCUGCCUGGAGGCUGUGGUCUGGUUGAGCCUUGGGCCCACCCUGACCUUCCCUCUUUGGCCCUUGCUAAUGAGCAAGACCAAAGCUGAUCAUUGGUCUGGGUUGCCCCCUCUGGCCCUUCCUGGGUAGAAGAGGAUCUCCAUAUGUUUGAGGGCCAGGUUUUUUGUGUGUUUCCCUUAGUGACUGGAACUUUUUCUUGGAUUUGCUUUGAAAGCUGUGUUUGGGCUUGUCAGCAUCCAGUUCCAUUUGUUUUCUUCUGCUUCCUGUUUCACGUACACAAAAUGUCAGAAGUAGUGGCCAGUGAGACCUAAGGUCAAUCAUGAGGAAAGAUCCGUUAGCUUGUUCAGGCAAGCUUUGAUGCAAGGCCUUUCUAAAAUGAACACAAGCCUUGGUUAGAAGUUGGUCAAAACUCACCUCUUUGUUCAAGCCCAGGACUGUGUGGAUUAUUCCAUUUCCUGAGCUGGCUAUUCAUCCAAAUCGUUUCUAGAGUUACUACACAAGGAUUUAUGAGUAAAUAUUACCUGUCUACCUCAAACCACAUGUACUGCUGAAGCAUUCUGUAAAACCACAUUAUCACAAUGCAGUUUUAAGUGUAACAUUAGAAUUUAGGUAUUUUCCUGUGUGGUGAAACUAAAGAAGGAUUAAACAGUUUGAGCCUCCAAAUUCGAAUAAAGUUAAUUCACCUUUAUAGCAAACUUAAUAUUGCUGUAUAAUCUCAUAUUUGUAACUUUGUAGCUACCUUUGGAGUCACUUGACUUGCUAUGGUGCUAAGUUGAUAGAUUUCAAUGUGCAGCAAGGUGGGAUAUCGUAUCCAGCCCAGUUUCUGGCCAGGUGCCACCCACCCUAAGCAACCCAGCUUCUGUCACCAUUACCCUGAUCAAACCUCAGCAGCAAAAGUACCUAUUUUUCUAAGAUUCCACCAUGCGACUGUCUUCACUGCAGGACCAUCCUGGCACCCUCUGCCUGUGGUCUGAUUUGUAGCCUUACCUAGUUCAGAGCCAGGAGUGGAGGAACCUGCAUCUGUGGACGCUCUGGAUGGUCCGUUUCAUUCCUGUCAAGCUCUCAUUUGACAUCAAAGGCUGCAUUUUACUUUUUCCAGCAUGAACACCAGGAUCAGUUAUUGAUUGGUCCUGUAAGUUUUCUUAGCAGAUGGAGUUGCUGUGAAGUUGUUUUCACCACUGUUGUGCUGGUAAAGCCAAGGCUGUCAGAUGGGCCCUGCACACCUCCGGCAGCGGCGGGACCAGGCUCUCCCGCACGUGGUCUCGCUGGACACCGUUUUCACAAAAAAUAGAAAACUCAGAAUAUAUAAUAUUGAAUUUAAGAUUUGGGGGGUUUAAAAAGAAAACUUAACUUUAUAAAAUUAUUUAUUCUAUUUUAAGCCUUCUAUCAUAUAUUCCCAUCCAGUUGUUUGGUUUUGGUGGUCCAGCUUUAUUUACAGGCAUAUAAGAUGAAAUUGUAAGAUGUUUUGCAAGCUUCUUUUACUUUGAGUAGGCUUUAAUUCAUAUGUUUUUAUAGGGAUGAAGAGCAUUUUUAUGCUUUUGUGCAAUAGAUUCCAACAUGCAUUAUUAGGUGUGUUUAAAUUGUGAUGUAGCAUCGAUUCUGCUAAACAGAAAGGGAAUAUAGGUGGAAUUUCAAAAUAUAUGCAUUUGCCUGUUUGGCUUUUCUUUUUCAUUGUUGCUCUAUGAAUGCUGUUACUGGGAUCGUGCAUGCGUGUGUGCGUGCGUGCGUGUGUGUGUGUGUGUGUGUGUGUGUGUGUGUGUGUAUGGGGGGGGGGGGCGUGUGAAUACCUGCCAGCAAUAUUCAAGAACAAGUGCCACUGCAGCCCAUUGGACCCUAGGCCCACUGUUCUGGUGCUGGGAUCAAGUGGCCUCAGCCUGCAGUCUUGAUGGUGCUGCUUUCCUGGCCUGCCAGCCCCUGAGGCCUGUGCUUGGCAUUCAGUGUCUUUUUGUCUCUGGAGGCGUGCAGUAUGGCGUUUCACAGUGAUCUGAAAUGGGUCCCCCAAUUGAAUGACCUAGGAAUGAGCCAGCUGAUUUCUACAUUGUACGUAAAUACUUAAUGUGAUCUCAAAACAUUCAAAAUAAAUUUAGUGCAAAUAGCUAAAUCUCAAAAGAAUCCAGUUUAUCUGUUUCCUCAGGAAAUCAUUUAAGCCCUAUCACAUCACAUGUGACCUUAACAUGAAAAUAAAUGUGUUUCUCUGCCUUCAUACUUAAAUAUACUAAGGAAGUCACUGGGAUAAGUAGAGUAAAAAAUCAUCCUUAAAUUACAUUAUAAUCUUUACACAUAUUGUGCCCCUCGGGAAUGGCUGAGGGGCCAUGGCCGCCUCUCCGAGUGUUACUGUCCCAUCCCUGAGUACACUGAAGAGUGAGCUGAGGCGUGUGUCCCUGAGGUGCAUGCAGCAUUGGUGUGAGUGUCCAUUCCAGUAACUCAGAUGGGUAUUAGUGAUAUAGGUCGGGGACAGUAGCUCAGCCUGAGCCUUCACCCACGGCACAUGGAAGCUAAUGAAAGCUAUCACAGUGUAUGGAAAUGAUAAUGCAGAUACAUAUUUUUGACUGUUUAAUUUGAAAGUUUACAUUUUUUAUGCUUUGUGUUGGUGUGUAAUUUUUGUAUCAUCGGUGACUAGUUUUUUGUCUAAAAUCUUUUUUGAAAUAUUGCUUAAUGUUUUGAUUUCAUGAUAGUGAAGCUUGUAUUCAGUGUUUUGCCAAUUAAUAUUAUAUGCUUGUAAUAAAAGCAGAAGAAAAAAUUC